CGGAAACAUUUGAGAAAAAAAGGAAAAGGUUUUGCACCAUUGCCAAAAAACCCGAAAUUUUUUAAAAGUAAAUCGUCACUUUGAGUCUCUGGGAAGUCUCGUUCUCCUACUUCGCUUCAUCAUUGUCAUUGUGAUCGUCACCGGCGUAAAUCCCGAUUGUACCCUUCCAGACUUGUGCCGGAACCCCACGGCCUACCCCGCCGGCCGGCGCAUUCUUACUUUUUCAGUGUGUCUCUGCAUCCAUAGUGUAUGUUAAAGAGGAAAAGGGGAUGGGUUUGUUUAGAAGAAUAGCGGGUUUUUUAGGGAUCGGUAAGGACGAAGCUGAAGAACUCAAAGGAAAUGAUGACGACAACGACGUCGUUCCACGGGCAGUUCCAGUUCCUAACAUGCCCCGUAAAGGCUUCAGCGUCCCCGUUCAAGUUCCCGUUGACAGACCCGCAUCCGGCCCCGUUCUCGUUCCCUGUCCUGCCGGCAAUGGCGGCGUUCAGGGAUUGAGAUGGUAUGCCAAGCGACUUUGUAUAGAUGAAGAUGGUGAUGUUGCCGAUGAGUUCAUUUGUGAAGCCCCACCCAAUAAAAUUAUGCGCGCUGAAGAUCAUCUUGAGCCACUGCCAAGAUUCGAAGUAAAGUGCAAUACCAGACCCGUUAAAAUGUGUAACCUAGUACGCUCUGAAAAUGGCAAAAUCCAGAUGUCUGUGGAAUCCCAAGGUAGACUGGAAUGGUUGUAAGGAAUUUGGAAGUAUGUAAUAUGUGUUUUUCGAUUGUCCUUUUCAUCAACUUUAGUCCAUGCAUAAAGCUUGUAGUUAUAUAUCACCUUGCUGAAAGUGAUUUUCAAUCGAAUCCUCCAUUAAACGCUCUGAAAAACCCAUCCCUUUAGAACUUUGAAACAUCGAAUCAUAGAUAUUAUUUGUUGUCCUGGAAAGUUUUUGGCAUCUUAGUUUCAAAGGUCGAAUGAAGGAAAAUAUUUGGUUAGGGAGGGAGCCGAAAACAUAUCGUUGCUAUUCAAAGUUUUGCCCUCGUCGUCAAUCAUACCUAAUAGAUUUUCGGUUAGCCAACUUUGCCCUAAUGUUUGAAAUUUUCGUCAAUUUUGUUCAAUCAACCCAUUUUUCGUCCAAAUUAACGGAUCUCCAUUAGUUUUUUUUAAUAAAAUAAUAUAUUUAAAUAAAAAAUACUCCAGUAGUUUUUAAAAAUUUUAAAAAUAACCCUAAAAUAUAUAAGAAUAACAAAAUAAUCCUUUUUUACAUUUUUAUUUUAUUUUUC